GCAGGUCCAGUUGUCCCUUCGCUGUCCCACAUGGACUCCCCAAGGUUCCCAGAGGAAACCGUCCUCAUUACAGGAGGCGGCGGAUACUUUGGCUUCCGCCUCGGCUGUGCUCUGAGCCAGAAAGGGGUCCACGUGAUUCUGUUUGACGUCAGCCAACCCUCCCAGAACCUUCCAGCGGGAGUCACGUUCAUCCGUGGCGAUGUCCGCUGCCUCUCUGACGUCGAGUCGGCCUUCCAGGGCACUGACAUUGCAUGCGUGUUCCAUAUCGCCUCUUAUGGUAUGUCUGGGCGGGAGCAACUGAACAAAACCCUGAUUGAAGAGGUCAAUGUGGGCGGCACAGACAACAUCCUCCAGGUCUGCCUGGCUAGAGGAGUGCCCAGGUUAGUUUACACCAGCACAUUCAAUGUCGUCUUUGGAGGUCAAGUCAUCAGAAAUGGGGAUGAGUCCCUGCCUUACCUACCUCUUCACCUGCACCCAGAUCACUACUCCCGGACCAAAUCCAUCGCAGAGAAGAAGGUGCUGGAAGCCAAUGGCUUGGCCUUCACGCAAGGCAAUGGUGUCCUUAGAACCUGCGCACUAAGGCCCGCGGGCAUCUAUGGGGUGGGAGAGCAAAGGCAUCUUCCCAGGAUCGUGAGUUACAUUGAGAAGGGCCUGUUCAGAUUUGUGUAUGGGGAUCCUGAGAGCCUGGUUGAGUUUGUCCACGUGGAUAACCUGGCAAAGGCUCACAUUCUGGCCUCCGAGGCUCUGAAAGCUGAUAAGAGCCACGUUGCCUCUGGGCAGCCCUACUUCAUUUCAGAUGGUAGACCCGUGAACAACUUUGAGUUCCUUCGGCCACUGGUUGAGGGCCUAGACUACAGGUUCCCAUCCAUCCGCCUGCCUCUCACCCUCAUCUACUGCUUUGCUUUCCUUGUAGAGAUGACCCACUUCCUUCUGGGCAGAUUCUACAACUUCCAGCCCUUCCUCACCCGCACCGAGGUUUAUAAAACCGGUGUCACACAUUACUUCAGCUUAGAGAAAGCCAAGAAAGAGCUAGGCUAUGAGCCUCAGUCAUGUGACCUACAGGAGGUGGUAGAGUGGUUUAAGGCCCGUGGUCAUGGCAGGAAACCUGAAGGUCAAGACUCACAGUUCAUUCUAUGGGAUGGAAUUCUGGUCAUACUCUUGGCACUGUCCCUUCUUGCUUGGUUCCCUCCUUCCUCGGUUCUGUCCAAAUGA